UUUAAUUUGGUCUGUAAAAUUGAACUUAUAGGAACGGCCAGUUCAAAUUUUGAGGCUCCAGCUGCUUGCAAACAUAUCCCAAAAUGCAGCCCUGAAACUUCACAGGCGCUCUAAACGAAAUCGCUAUACGUUGCAACUCCUUGAUCUUAGAGCCGACCAACGACACCACAUCCGCCGAUUACGAAUAGUGCAACUUGCUGAGGAGCUGAACCAAGUUAAGCCCCAGCUCGACUGAGCACUACAACAAUCAUGAGAGCAAUCCGGAGGUCUUUGCCGGCAAAGGCCCUGUUCUUCCUCGGUGCCCUUCGACCUCUGUGCGCCGCCGCAAGCCCAGGUAUCAAUGUCGCGUUGACGGCCUCCUUCGACUCAUCGCCAUAUUUAGUAGAGCUAUUAGAAACGGCAGCAGAGGAGAACGCAACCGCCUACUUCCCCAUUCUCGACCGCAUUGCUGAAGGCUACUUCGAGCAAUCCACGACCUCCCAAGAACUUUAUAUUAAAUUCCUCGAUCUCCUCCAAAAUGACGGCCACAUUACAGAUCCAGAAACGCUCUCGUCUUUCCAACUCGCCCUCUCGGUGCACUCUGCCGCCCCGCGAAUCGAAGCGCAUUACCAAUACUAUAACACGUCGGUGGAGCCAAAAUCUGAGCAAAUAGUAGGAUCUGAUGCUUGGAUACAAUUUCGUGGCAAACAAUACAGUACUCCGCAAAUGGACGAGGCUCCGGAUGCUAUACAGAAAUCUUGGGUCCCCGAGUUGCCUUUUGACCGUGUCCUCGGAGAUCCUUCAAAUCCUCUCCAAGCAAUUUUGUAUGCCGAUAUAACGACUCGUAGAUUUGCCGACUUCCACAAGUCAAGCAGCCAAAGAGCCAGGGCUGGCGAAAUUUCAUAUCGAGUUCGUCAUAAAACAAGUAGAUCGCGGCCUAGGUCACCACUUGUGGUUAGCGGCUAUGGUGUAGAACUUGCGCUCAAGCGCACUGACUAUAUAGUCAUCGACGACCGACCUGCGGAACAAGCAGCAGAAAAGGGUAGUCAAAAACCUCUUCAAGGUGAACUUCACGAUGAAGACGAGAUCACUGACUUGAAACCCUUGUCUGCGUCCGAGCUACGUUUGUUAGGUAGCAAUGCUGCAAGUUUCGUCCUGAACAGCGAACAGCCUCUGGAUACUCUUCUGAAACUAUCACAAGACUUCCCUAAGCAUUCUUCGUCCAUUUCCAGUCACAAUGCAUCCGCAGAAUUCAUCGCUGAGCAUAAGAGCAACCGCGAGCAGCUGCUUCCGGCUGGCUACAAUGUCAUCUGGAUAAAUGGCGUACAAAUCAAUGCCCGUGAUGUAGACGCGUUCUCGCUCCUCGUACAUCUUAGACGAGAGCGAAAGCUGAUCAAUGGGAUCCGUGAGCUUGGUCUCUCCGGCUUAGACGCUAUCAACGUUUUGUCGCACUCUGCCAUCACAGAGUCCCAUAUCGACGAUGAGCCACAGCGUUACGACUUCCGGGAUGAGAUAGAAGGCGGUAACGUCAUCAUGUGGUUGAAUGAUAUUGAAAAGGAUAAGAGGUAUGAAGAUUGGCCUACGAGUCUCGCCGCUCUCCUUCAACGGUCAUAUCCUGGACAACUUCCGUCUGUGAGACGGGACAUCCACAAUGCCAUCGUUCCUACGGACUUCUCGAAUGGCAAAGAUGUUGCCAUGGUGGUUGAUACCAUCCAAAGUCUAAUCAAGAGGACCUUCCCGAUCCGAUGGGGCUUAGUCCCGGCAACGAAUUCGCCGGGUGCAAUUGCACAAGCCAAGGUGGUAUGCCAUCUUCACCAGAGCUAUGGCCUCUCUGCCGUAAUGGUGUACUUGCAAGCUUCCGCCAAUCAUAACAAAUUAUCAUCCCCAGACAAGGCCACAUUUGAAUCAACUAUCAAGCACCACAAACUCCGUAAGGAUCACGAACUACUCCAACUAGAACAGGUACUCGAUUCGGACCAAGCAGAGCCACGGUUAGCAAGUGCAAGUCAGUAUUUGGCGAGACUUGCUUCGAAUGGCCCCAAUCCUGCACUGUUCUUCAACGGGGUGCCUAUCAUACGCAAUGAUGAGUGGUUGCAGUCUAUGGCUCAGAGAGCUAACGGGGACCACCGGUCCCUUCAAAAGGAUGUCUUUGAAGACGUCUUUAAUGAGGACAUUUGGCUACCAUCCAAAUUCCUGGUACAAGCUGCCUUGAAGCGUAACCCGUUGAUUAUUCCGGAAAACGAGAAGGACGUUAAAUUCGUCGAUUUGAGCAAACUCGAUACCCUUGAUGCUGACGUGUUCCAAAACCUCCCACGCUUUAGCGUGCAACACGUAGCGGACGUGGAACAAUGGGCUUAUAUGCUGGUCGUUGCGGAUUUUGACAGCAAUGCGGGCCUACGCUUGUUCUUCCAGGCGAUGGAAUUCCGUCAAUCUCACCAAAGCGUUGAGGUCGUGUUCAUCCAUAGUUCUUGCGGUCCUGUCGACCCAACAGGCUUUGCUAGUCGUCUCUACCACGCAGCUCAGCAAGAAAGGCCGCUUGAAUACGCGGCCGCAGAACCGAUACCGGAUGACACAGAUGGCCACUCACAGGCAUAUUGGGACGCUGUUUCGCCUCUGAUUGCUUCAUUCAACCUCAAGCCAGGCGAGAGCUAUGUCGUUGUCAACGGCCGACUGGUUGGACCCAUAUCAGAGGACCAAGAGUUCGACAAGGACGACUACGCUGCGCUCUUAGCGUAUGAGAUGAGGAAGCGGAUUGGACCUGCUGGCAAGGCAUCCCAGUCUCUCGAACUCACUGGAAACAUUCAGUCCCCACUAGCGGCCGCAAAGCUAUCUUCUUUGAUCUCGACCUCUACCAUAUCGGAUGUCCCAGAGGGUAUUUUCGAAGCUGCCCCGUCCGUGCGUACGGAUAUUUUCAACCGCUGGAACUCGUGUUAUACGGCUAUUACUAAGGGAGACCUCGACACUGCGAUCGUACAGGUUGUCGCGUCCAUAGAUCCGGCUUCUGAAGUUGCACAACGGUGGAUCCCGAUCUUGAAGGUGCUCUCUGAACUCAAUGGUGUUCAUCUACGGCUAUUUCUGAACCCCAAAAACUCACUUGAGGAGCUACCGGUGAAACGAUUUUACCGUUACGUCUUGGAAUCGACACCAUCGUUCAAUGAAGAUGGCUCACUACGUGAUCUACGGGCCAAAUUCAACGGAGUCCCGGCAGAUGCGCUUCUCAACCUAGGAAUGGACGUCCCGCCGUCGUGGCUUGUUGCACCAAAGGACUGUGUGCACGAUCUUGACAACAUCAAAUUGAGCUCUCUGAAGGAUUCAGGUGACAUUGAAGCUAUCUACGAGCUAGAAAAUAUUCUGAUUGAGGGCCAUUCUCGAGAUGUUACUAACGGGGUCCCUCCGAGAGGAGCAGAGUUGGUGUUGGGGACGCAGAAGAACCCUCAUUUUGCUGACACUAUUAUCAUGGCCAAUUUGGGAUAUUUCCAGUUCAAGGCCAAUCCAGGAUUCUUCAAGAUCCAACUCAAGGCUGGCCGAAGCCAGGAAAUCUUCAAGAUUGAUAGCGCAGGAACCAGGGGAUACGGGCCCCAGCCCGGAGACGAUACUACCGAGAUUGCUUUGAUGAGUUUCCAGGGUACAACUCUGUUUCCCCGCCUAUCCAGGAAACCAGGCCAGGAAGCAGAGGAUGUCCUAGCAGACCCAAUUGAUAUCGCUUCUGAUAUUGCAGCGACAGGAGCCAAACUGGCCAACAAAGUUCUUUCCAAAGUCGGCCUAUCUGGUGUAGAUGCUGGCAAGGCUAUUUCCAAAGGUUCGGAAUGGUGGUCCUCUAUACGUUCGAGCACCGGACUGACUACUGAAACCAAAUCAGGACCUCAAGCUGAUAUCAACAUUUUCUCCGUUGCAAGUGGCCACUUGUAUGAGCGUAUGCUGAAUAUUAUGAUGUUGAGCGUCAUGAAGCACACAAAGCACACCGUCAAGUUCUGGUUCAUUGAGCAGUUCCUCUCUCCCUCGUUCAAGUCCUUCCUCCCAACUAUGGCCGCCGAAUACGGGUUCGAGUACGAGAUGGUCACCUACAAAUGGCCGCAUUGGCUUCGAGGGCAAAAAGAAAAGCAACGCGAAAUCUGGGGCUACAAGAUCCUCUUCCUCGACGUGCUUUUCCCAUUGGAUCUGGACAAAGUCAUCUUCGUGGACGCCGACCAGAUCGUCCGCACCGACAUGUACGAGCUCGUCACCCACGACCUCCAAGGCGCACCCUAUGGUUUCACACCAAUGUGUGAUAGCCGGACCGAAAUGGAAGGCUUCCGAUUCUGGAAACAAGGGUACUGGAAGAACUUCCUUCGCGGCCUGCCGUACCACAUCAGCGCGCUCUACGUCGUCGACUUGAAGCGCUUCCGCCAAAUUGCUGCUGGCGAUCGUCUUCGACAGCAGUAUCACCAGCUGUCUGCAGACCCCGCGAGUUUGAGUAAUCUAGAUCAGGACCUCCCUAACAACAUGCAGAUGCAGCUUCCCAUCCAUAGUCUGCCGCAGGAGUGGCUGUGGUGCGAGACUUGGUGCAGCGACGAGAGUCUGAAGGAUGCGAAGACGAUUGACCUUUGCAAUAACCCGGAGACGAAGGAGCCGAAGCUGGAUCGGGCGAGGCGGCAGGUGCCGGAAUGGACGGUUUAUGAUGAUGAGGUUGCUGCGCUUGCGAAACGAGCGAAGGCAGGAGAGUCACCUCAGCAGAGCAGCGCAUCCGCGGACGAAGAAACGACGACGAGGGUUAAAGAUGAGUUGUAG